GAUAACAAAACGUCCGGGAUUGUAAAGAAGACACGUAAAUUGUAAACACAGGGAUAGUAUAUCAACUUCAAAGUGCUUUUAGGGAAAAAUAUGAGUUUAAAAGUUAAAACUUCCCGGUAUAGUCAAGUGGUUUUUAAAAGGUUUAACUAUAUAGAUAUAAUUAUAGAUAUUAAUUGAUUUUGAGCUAAUAUGCCACAGUGUGACAAAGUGAUUCUUUGUUUGUUUUGGAUUUGGGCUUUUAUAUUGGAAAAUAUAUUUGCAAACGAUGGAACAUGUACACUGGUUUUGAAUGAAGAAGGGGAUUCUGAGCAGAUUGAAAUGAAGUCCAAUAAUUUUACAGGGCUUUCAAAUAAGGGAACCAUUGUAUCGUUGUCCCGAGAACCAUGUGCCAACAACUCCACCAUACAACUGACCAUCUUACCAGAAGAUAUCAAAGUGUUGACUUUCCAGAAAGGACCCAGGCUAAGUUGACGCUGAAUAUUCGCUACACACUAGCUUUUUUUCGCAACUCCAGCCGCCUACAGACACUCCAGCGAUCCGUGCUGCUGACCCGGUCAAGAAAAUUUAAACAACUGAAUUGCUGGCUGCCAAUCUCAGUCACCAAUCAUCUUCAUAUUGCCAUCAAUGUCACGGUUGCCGGGAACGAAUAUAACACGGUUGCCAGUUCAACGUUGGAUGUUGUGGACCAAUUUGAAUAUUCGAUUAAAUGGGAAUGCCAUCACUUGUAAAGAGGGGUGCAAGUCCGAUGACAUAAUGUUCAACACAUCCUACCUGUGCUCGAAAAAUGGAACAUUAAAUCACAAGCCGUCGGCACGAGUAUUACGCGUUUCAUUCGCACCAUUAGACAAAGGUCAAACUACACUUAAACACUGGUCAGUUGUCUCGUAUCGACAAUUAAAUGCAGACCUCUACUGCUAUGUGUACAAUGACAUCAGAAUAGUUUGUGAUCACGUGAAGUCAAAUUCCGAUCCAUAUGACGAUACCGAAUCCUUUGGGACGUUUGUGAUAUUUGGUCUUAUCGUGAUGACUUGUUUAACAGCCAUCCUCGCUCUCAUCAUAAUUGUCGUGGAGAAACUAAUGGGAUUUCAUCGUGAGUAUAAAGAUAGAAGAGAAAGCAACCCCAAAGAACUUCGCCGCCGAUCCAGUCUUCUAGGCCACUUGGAGACAGAUGAGGUUAUCAGAAACUGCAUCCUUAAUAUGCACAAGACAGUCUCUGAGCCCGAGGCCCAGCCACUGCGAGGCCAUUGUAACGGUUUUUCCAGUGAACGCGAGACCAGCUUCCUGAGGAAUUCCACACACAAGAGUUCACACAACAGGAUAGCAAGUGGCUCCUCCUGGGCGUCUAGUAUUCUAUCUCAAACAAACUCAGGCUUGCCUUCGAAGGCAUCCAGUGGUAAAAAGCUUCAAAGAAGCGUUACACAGGCUAUGCUGGAAGACAUGGACGAAAGCAACUGUUCAAUUCUAUUUCUAACUCUACCCUUCGACCAGUACACCCGAGACGUUACCGAGCUUCUUCGGAACGUUUUGUCUAUUGAGGGUGGAAUUCCAAGCCAGUGCUGCUUCGACCCCGAUGUUUUGAGCGAUUACCAGAUCAAUAGAUUCACUUUUAUAGAAGAGAUAACUGGAAAUACAAACAAAAUUCUGGUGUUUGUGUUUCUUACAACAUUGAGUUAUGGAACCAAAGAAGAAAAGCUGAUACAUGACUUGUUAAACCACUGUCUCCUAAAACAGAGAAUCAUUCCUCAAUGCAAGGUUGUCUUUCUUCACCUAACGGAUGACAACAGUAGGCUAGAAACAAGAUACCAUGGCCAGCAUAUUCAUCUGAAGAAUGAUAAUGCUUCUAAGAAAUUUCUCUCUGUGAUCUUGAGAGAAUGUGCAAUCAAUGUAGAUGAAAGAAAUGAGGAUAGUGAAUUGCUUAAAAGAAUGCUGUCAUGCAGUGCCACAAAGCAUUUAUAUCAGUUGCUAUCGUACAAUGGCGAUAAGGCAGCAUGAGUAUUGUGAAAUAUCGUUUCUUAACUUGCUACAUCUGUAUUAUGUAUGUCUUUCAAUGUAUUUCGAUGUCUUUCAAUAUUGAUCUGAUUACAAUAUAUACGCAUUAGUUUUGACAUGAUCAUUCCUUUCUUACGAUAGCAUUUAGAGUUAAUGCUGGCAAUCACAAAAUAUUCACUCAUGUGUUCAUUUUAUUUCAAGAACAAUAAACAGUCUGGACUCUGUUUAACUGUUCACCACAUGGUUAUAUAUUUCAUUCAAUUAUUAGGUUUAUUAAGCCCCCAUUGCAUGAGAACAGGAUUAUUGCUUUGCACAUGUCGGUCGUUAUGUCAGUCGGUCGGUCGUUCGGUGGGUCCGUCCGUCGGUAGACCAAGACUUUUCCGAGUAAUAACUCGACAAUUCUUGAACCUAUGGUAAUCAAACGUGACAUGAAGGUUGCGCUUUGCCAGUUGAUGACACCUAUUGUAGGGAUCAUCGGGUCAAAGUUUAAGGUCAUCAUGACCUUUAACGAAAAAAGGUUGUCAAUGCUUGUCAGAGUGAUAACUCAACAAUUCCUACUUUUAUGGUCAUCAUACUUGACAUGGAGGCUGGGCCUGACCAAUAGAUGACCGCCGUUGAUUUUAGGGGCCAUCAGGUCAAAGUUCGUUUUGACAGUGACCCUUAAUUCGAAAAGAUUGUACGAGAGAGAACUUGACAAUGCCUGCACCCAUCACCCUCAAACUUGACUUGGAAGUUUGGCCUGACCAUUAGAUGACCCUAUUGAUUUCAGGGGUGAUCGGGUCAAAGAUCAAUGUCACAGUGUCCGUGUGAUAACUCGACGAUGCCUGCACCAAGGUUUGGGGUGACCAGUAGAUGACCCAUAUUGAUUUUAAGGUCAUAAAGUCAAAGGCCAAGGUCAUAGUGACCUUGAACACGAAUGUUUGUCCGAAUGAUAACUAGACAAUGGGUAGAUUUUUGGUAAAUAACAGACGGAGAAACUUUGGACGCAUUUAUUUCUAGUAACCCGGUAUAUGUGAAUUAUCCUCAGUUGACCAGUCUUGGUCAUCCUUAAAUACAAGGUGUUUUUUUGAGAUGUAGUUGUUAUAAACUAACA